AUGGUUGAACUUGCUACACCUUCUAGGCCAAUUUCUAGAGAGCAGUUCACUUCUUUGAGGCAGAGAGUAGCCAAGGAUUCACCAAAACUUUACAAGAACAAAAUCCUUUCGGGCCCCAAUGGGCAAUUGGAUGUACAUACAAACCAGCACAAAUUGUCUCAUACUGGAGGAAAGGGUACGCCGGUAGCGACAACAUCGACUGUAACUAGAUCCUCACCACCAAUCUCACAGGUUCCUGCAUCAACAUCGAAUGAAAUCGGGUCUUUUGAAAAUCCUGUUCUGCAUACACUAGCCCAGAGAACUGUUAAUAAAGAAUGGGAGACACAGAGGUUGGUAGUUAACAUAAUAGCAUGGGCUAUCUGGGAUCUUUUAAGCAAAUUUUGUAGUACGCUGGCUAAACACUCUAAAAUAGGUAAGGAAUGGGUAUCGUGGAUCAAUAGAGAGCUAGUACAACGCAACAUCAAUAGCAAUAAUAGCAUAGUUGGUUUUUUCAACCGAUUUUACAACAGAUAUCCAUCAUUAUGGAAUAAAUUGAACUGGUCAAACUUAAAUUUUAUGUUCCAUUUGAUUGUGAUAAUCAAUAUAUUAUUUUCACUCAGGAGAUUAUUAUCUAAAGUGAAAACGGACGAUUUACCGUUAAACGAGAAUCAGAGACAGUUGUUAGGCGUUGUUGAUCAAUCUGAUGAUUCAAUUGUUCACCAUGAAUUGGUUAAAGAAUCUGAAUUGGUAUCAUCUAAGGAAUCUAAUACAGCACCUCCAGAACCACCUAAUACACCUUUCCUUUUCAAAUCUUUAGAGACACCAAUGAAAUCGAGACAGAAACAAGAGGCUGACUCUAUCAUCUCUAAGAAUGUUACUCAGAGCGCCUUUGUCAACAGAGUCAAUGCAUUUGGACUAUCACAAUCAGCUUUGAGUAAUAGAAUGCAUCCGAAUACGAAAAACAUUUCAAAUUCCAGCACUGGAUUGUUCCCCUCGGGUCUGGCGGCUACACCGGCGGGUAAAACUGGUUAUAUCCCCAGUAGUAAAUAUACCUAUAUGAUGAACUCUCCGACACCAAGGAAAAAAACAUAG